GGCCGCCCCACAUUUUGGCGGCCCACGCUGAGGGGCCAUCGGGCGCCCGUGAAGCUUUACCGGAUCCGUAAAGCUCGACCGUGGGCGAGGUGGAAACACGGCCUCAGAGGGAAUCGUGUGAGGCGAAUAUGAUAAACGAAGGGGAAGUCCUGAAAGUAGCCGGACGAGACGCCAUUACGUCAUUCCUCCGCUCCCGUAGCGUAUUUGAGCUCGUGCGCACUUCGGGCAAGGUUGUUGUUUUCGAAACUAACAUUCCAAUUCAACUAGCUUUCUAUGCUCUCCUGGAACAUGAGUCGGCAGCAGCUCCCCUAUGGGAUAGCUCGCGUCGAGAGUUCAUUGGUCUGAUGACAAUCACUGAUUUUGUGGACAUCCUUCGACAUUAUCACGACGAGCAUGGGAAGACAGGCGCAGCUAUAGAAGUGCUCGCCUCUCGGUCUAUCGCCCAAGUGUUGGAGGACGCAAAUGCGGGUGUGCAUUUCAAGCAUGCGAAAGAGGCCAGAUCGGAUGGACUGGGACCGCUGCUUUCUUGUGGUGCGACAGGGGACUAUGGGGGACUGAUUGCUGUGGACGCCGACGGCUCGCUAUACGAUGCUUGUGACGCAAUGCGGUUGAACAGACGCCGGUUCUUACCCAUUGUUGCGCCGAAGGAUUGUGGCAUCCUUGCUGUUGUGACGCAUGUCGAAAUUCUCGAGUAUUUUGUGGCAACAUUCCGAGAGGAGCGUCGACUAUUUGACCAACCCAUUAUCGAGUUAGGCAUUGGGACAUUUGAUGAUGUUGCCUACGUUAGUAACACAACGCCGCUUCGCGAUGUUCUUGAGCUCCUCUGCAUGCGUGAUAUCAGUUCGGUACCGGUUGUCGACGAAACUGGGCGUGUUGCCGCUCUAUAUGGACAUGCAGAUAUUACUUUUCUUGCCACUGCAACGGACGCUGACUCGGUCGUAGUCAACCUCAGCUCUUCCGUUGCAGAUAUCCUGCAGCAGCGCCGCACGGACGAGCCUUUACAUACCUGCUCCCAACAUGCCACACUACAGUCUGUCUUUGAACUGUUCGCCGACGUCAAAUUUCGACGCCUCGUGUGCCUUGAUGACGACUGCCGCCCCGUGGGCGUGAUCUCCGCCCGCGAUCUCUUGCGCUAUUUCCUUUGUUAGGAUGGCCUGGCCUGCCAACCUGGAGCCAUUGCAGAGCCGGCUGAUGCUGCGAAAUGCAACUGGAAUUAUAACUACAGGGGCGCGCGGGCAGGGCGCGUGCUAGCAGGGGCCCAACGACAAUAGACCAACACGCACCCAGAUAAACGAUCCACCAAAAUAAACAGCGAAAUAGACACGUCCCGGCGACGGACCAUGCUCCUCAAAACAAAAUAGAGCAGCGAAAUAGUGCCCCGGCCAGAGAGAUCGUUCUCGCGCGAACCUCCGCGAGCUCGCAAGGUCACGGUGCGAAGCGGCUCUCUCCGUAACAGUGAGAGCAACUCCAAAUCGAAGAAGGAGCAUACAAGGCCGCUAACUUUUGGUUAGAGUGGG